AUUGCAAACCCUGCAAGACUCUCAAAGGGAACUUUGGGGCUUUUUUGUUUGAUUCUUGCAGGAGUUUGAUUUUUUAGAAGGGAAGCGAAGGAGACAGCUGCAGUUUUUGAGCACUUGGCUCCUGCUGGAGGAAACUUCUUGCCAUGGCUGUUCUCUUUGGGGUUCUUUGCUUGCUGGUGUCCACCUGCCUUGGUUUUCCUUCUAAGAGCGCUUCCAAUGGCCGUUCUCUCAACGGUGAAGAUUCCAACCGUAGCUACGUGAGGCUCCUUGAUCCUCGCACCCUCAACCAGUUUGAUUCCGGAGCUCCUUUGGACGCAGAUGGUGACGUGGGCGGUCCGAACGUGGGAAUGCCGGACAAGUGGCGCCAUAGUCCUGAGAGAGAAGCCGUCCAGAACCAGAUAGAGGAGAAGGAACCCCACUCCCAGCAUCCGUUGGACCUUCUCAUCAAGCAGCACACCCCAGACACGUCAGUGGAGGGCAUCAGUUUUCCUCACAUCGGCCAUUUCAAGCGACUCGUAGAAAACAUGAAGAACUCCUUCCUGACUCCCGGGAAGGAUUUGAUGCAUUUCCAGACAGCGGGGGAACUUCUUCUGAAUGAAAUAGCUUCUGGUCUGACUAUGAAACCUACGGACGGGUCUGUCGACCAUGAGGACAAUGACGUCUUGGAAGGACCAAACCAAAAGGGUGUAGGACUCUCUCCCAGGAUGCAGAACACAGAAAAUGGUAAGCGUUACCCUGGGCAAAAACUGCACCCGUUUUGGUCCAAAGAUCGCCAGCUUCCUGGCCAAACCUCGUUUAGUAGUCAAAAUGUGCGCCCUGCAGCCAAUGCAAGUUCUACCAAGGUUCAUAGCCACCUGUCCCAACAAAACACUCCAUCUUUGGGCUCCUACAGUAAAAGUAUCAACGUCAAACCCCAAAGAGAACCUGUAGCCUCAUGGGUCUACAUGCCAGAUGGACGCCAGAAGACCACUGGGGUGGCGGUGACCGCCAAAGAAUCUGGAGUCGCAGAAGUCAGCCCUGUGGUAGGCCAACCGGCACGUGGACACGGAUGGAACGUCCAAGCAAGCAAGACCCAAGACCCUCGGAACGUACGGUUUCAAAGUGAGAAGCGGAAGCCUUCCAUUUACGGUUCAAGCACGCAUAAAGGUAUUCUACGAGAUCAUGCACGGCGUCCGGAUUCCUCCAAGAACCUUGCUCAAGAAACCCAGAAACCGCAACCUAACGUUCCUCAGAGGUUUGGUCCGGUCCAGCAGGUCGGUUCUCCAAGCGCUUCCCGGAAGACUGUCCCUGUGGGUCAACCCUCCGGCGGCGUGGGUCAACCCUCCGGCGGCGUGGGUCAACCCUCCGGCAGCGUGGGUCAACCCUCCGGCGGCGUGAUUGCCGCACCGCAAGGGGCUCAAGCCGCCGCGCGGCGUACACUGCUGAACUCCAAGCGCACCUAUCAACUUCCUGUUCCACAAUGGCCGAUGGCAGGGCUCCAAAGGAAACUUUCUGUGUUCCUGGACCCAAAAAAGAAAUCCGUCCACCGGUCCAGAAGCAGCUACGUGAGGAGUCAAGUAACGCACUCCAGCAGUCGCUACUCGCCACACUGAGUCCCUCAAGAUUUAUGCUGUGGUGGCAAGCUUCUGCUCUUCUAUGGCUCUGGGUAAGGACAAUAAAAGUGGAAAAUAGUAUUUUUGUGGAAAUAAAUAAAUAAAAUAAAAA